UUCUAUUAAAUUGCAGUGACACCACUGAGCUGUGGAGAUCUCUGGGGGGAGACCCCUUGCUUGCCACUCAAGUCCUACAGGUCCUAAUAGAAAAAAUAAAGACUUCAACAAGCCAAGAAGGAAGCGUCACCUCAGAGACUGAAACUGACAGGCAUUUGGCAGCUGCUGAACCUCUCUCAGCAACAUGUGCCAUCUUUGAGGUGGUGUCAUCACUGCAGUCAAGCGAAGCUGUGCAGGAGCUGCUCCCAGAGCUGUUUCCUGUUCUCCUGCAGCAGGUCAGCCGAACCUUAGGACAAAAGAUGCCUUUGCCAGUGAUAAGAAGCCGGAGACUAUUCCGAAAAGACCGACAACAUACUGAGGGCAACCCUUGCUGGUUUUCUGUCCAAGCGUUAGAAUCUCUGCUUUUCAAAGUUGGGAAUGAGAGACUGGUGAGAGUGCUUGGGAAGCAGAAAGCAUGGAUUCUGCUUGAAAACCCCCAGACUCACCAUGAGGGAGUGUGCCUGCUGGUGAGUGUUCUGCUAAGAUCUGGACUAGUAACACCUGAGAUCAUCCAGAGCCUCCUCCCCUGGGUGAAUUCCCCAAUGGAAAACUUCCGAGUCACCAGCACAGCUUUCCUUGCCCAGCUAAUGAGUGAUCCCAUGCUCAGGGAGAAGAAGUUGCUUAAGAUUGUCUUACGCAUCUUGGAAGAAAGGUCACAGGAUAGAAACAGCAUUGUCCGUCAGAUGGCUGUAAGAGGCCUGGGAAAUAUAGUCGAUGGGGCGCCUGUGAAGGUGAAAAAGCACAAGAAGUUUCUUCUGGACAUACUGAUCAAGGCCUUACAUGACACUUUGAGUUCUGAAGUCAUUGGCGAGAGCAUGAAAGCACUGGCCAAAGUCCUGAAGGAGCUGAAAGAGAAGGACAUUAGUUCUUCCUUCAAAGAACUCACCCAACAGAUCCAGACCUUCUUUGGCGAUGUAUGUGAACAGAACUCUCAAAUCCAGUUCAACCGAUCUUGA